AUGAUUCAAGUGCUACAGAUUGUAAAGGAUCUGGUGUCGCCAGCGAGACGGAGAACAGAUGCUGCUAAGAAAGGUGCAGAUGCCGAGCAGGAUGCUGCUAUCAAACUUGCCCAAGAACGAGCAGAGAUAGUUGCCAAGUAUGACAGAGGACGGGAGGGUGCGCAGAUUGAACCAUGGGAAGAUGCUGACUAUCGUCUUUACAAAGUCACAGAUAGAUUUGGGUUUCUACAUCCAGAGGAGCUUCCUGUCCAUGAUGCAGCGAUAGAAAAGCAAAAGCACCUUGAAAUUGAAAGAACUACAAAAUGGCUUAAGAUGCUGAAAAGCUGGGAAAAAUACAAGAAUAGUGAAAAGUUUCACAGGAGAAUUUAUAAAGGAAUCCCACUGCAGUUCAGAGGGCAAGUCUGGUCUUUGCUACUUGAUGUCCCUAAAAUGAAAGAAGAAAUGAAAGACUUUUAUAAUAAAUUGAAGUGUCAAGCACGAGGGUCUUCGCCAGAUAUUAGGCAAAUUGAUCUUGAUGUAAAUCGAACGUAUAGAGAUCAUAUCAUGUUUCGAGACAGAUAUGGUGUUAAGCAACAAUCUUUAUUCCAUGUUUUAGCUGCAUAUUCCAUAUAUAAUACGGAGGUGGGAUACUGCCAGGGAAUGAGCCAGAUCACAGCUUUACUCCUUAUGUACAUGAAUGAAGAAGAUGCCUUCUGGGCCUUGGUGAAACUUCUGUCUGGUCCGAAGCAUGCUAUGCAUGGUUUUUUUAUUCCUGGCUUUCCAAAACUGUUGAGGUUUCAAGAGCAUCAUGACAAAAUACUGAAAAAAUUUUUGUCCAAACUUCAGCAGCAUUUGGACUCCCAGGAUAUGUCCACUAGCUUUUACACAACAAAGUGGUUUUUCCAGUGUUUCCUUGAUCGUACUCCCUUUACAUUAAGCCUCAGGAUAUGGGAUAUCUACAUACUUGAAGGAGAGCGAAUUCUCACUGCUAUGUCUUACACAAUUCUGAAACUACACAGAAAGCAUCUGAUGAAAUUACAAAUGGAAGAGCUUGUAGAAUUUCUGCAGGAGUCUUUAGCCAAGGAUUUCUUCUAUGAAGAUGACUUUGUAAUAGACCAGCUCCAAAAUUCUAUAUCAGAAUUGAAACGAGCAAAGCUGGAUUUACCAGUAGCUGGUAAAGAAGACGAAUUUCCAAAGAAGCCAUUGGGGCAGAUUCCAUUAGGACCUCAGCCUGCUAUGCUUAACUCCACUCCGAUGCUUAAUGGACAGAACAGCACUGCUACACAAACAAGAAGGACAGAGAGGAGACCAUCCCCAGGAGAAGAAUCAGAAAGUUCACCAAAUAACCGUAAAAUAAUUAAUUCACUGGAAAAGAAACCUUCCUUAAAACAACAGAAGAUUCGACCAAUAGAGACGCAAAGUAGUAUGUCUAAGAACGAGGUAGAUACCAAAAGAAAGCCUCAACCAACAGAGCAAGACAACUCAAGACAGUAUAAUAAUGCAGCUGCUAAUCAAAAUUCUAAUGCUACUUCAAAUACAAGAAGGGAAUUUGUACCUAAGUGGAAUAAACCAUCUGAUAUCAAAAUAAUUGAAAAGACAAUGAAACUUACUGCAGAGGUGAAAGGAAGGCCAAUAAACCAUUCGGUUUCGGGCCCACCACCAAGUCCUGGAGACGUGCAGCCUUUAAAUGUAAAGCAAAAGAUGAGGGUUUUGGAUGCUGAUGAAGGUAAGCGAGGGUCUAAUGCAUCUCAGUAUGACAAUGUUCCAGAAGUUGAUAAUGAGAAUGAGAAUCUUGUUGAAGAGAUGCUUGAGAGAGCUCAUCAACAGAGCCCUAGGCACGUAACAUAUUGUAAUAGUCCAAGAAAGCAAACUGAAAAAAUACCAACUCCAUUAAAAAUAUCCAAUAAUUACACCUUCACUUCACAACCCAGAUCUCCAAAAUAUUCAUCCCAGUCUGAUGGACCACCUCAUGGACUGAAUGUAAAACAGCCACUGCCGUGUUAUAGUAAUCCACCUACUUACCAUGGAAAUUCUCCAAAGCAUGUUUCCAGUAUAGGUAAUACAAGUUCUGUACCUCUACAUUAUCAUGGGAAUCGAACCAGCCCUUCUGGUAGGCCAUAUGGUUCUUUUAUUUCAGUAGAUUAUUCUCCAGAUAAACUACAAAUGAAUUCCUAUCCUGCCAGUCGCCAAAAUCCUCUUUCACCAAUGCCUGGUCAGAUAGAAGUAGCCCCUGUCAAUGCUUAUACCAGCAACUCAAGGUCCCCCACAGGUGUCAAAUUUAUAAUCCCUCCAGUGGAUUAUUUACAAGAAGAAAGAAAGUGGCCAGAUGCUGCGUAUAUUUACAGACAUGAACCCUACAGGCAGCCCUGGAGCCAAGACUUUAACAAAGGCCACUUGGAUAAUUUCCAGAAAUAUCAGCAUUUUCAGUCAACACCUUUUCAAGACCAUAGUCUUCCUGCUGUUUCUGUGGAUAGUCCAAUAAGAUACAGGACUUCACCAACCUUUGAAGAGCAUGGUUCACCACAAUACCAAUAUUCGAGCCCAUCAGCUCAAACCCAACACUAUCGAAAUAGAAAUGAUGGAUUGUCUAUGCACGAAUCCGUGCUUCUCUGAGAAUCUGGCUAUAAAUGGCAAGAAUCAAAACCAGUUAAACAUUACUGUGUUAGUAGUAGUCCACCUCAGUUCUUCUAUGAAAUGCGGACAGUUUGUGUGACUCUGAAAAAUAACAAUGCUAUUUCAAAGACGUUUCAGACUUUCAUUGAAGGCUAGUUGAGUUCUUAGACUUGCAUUAAAGCUAUUGAAAGUGAUCUGACGCGCAUAGACAUAGCAAUAAGAUCAUAUACACAAGGUGAUUAAUACUGUCAUUGUUCCUUACAUUUAAAUAACUUGUGUUACGAUCUUUCUGCCUAAAACCUGUAACACAUUUACAAGUUUAAUUUUGACUGACAUUGUUAAUGCACUGUAUA